AAAGAGGUCUGAAUUUGAAGGUGGAAGAGACACGAUUAAUUGUCGAACAGUCCCUAUAGCAGAAAGAUUCUUCACUAGUUCGACAUCACUGACAUUGAAGCAUGCUGCUUGGUACCCUAGCGAAACUGAGGAACCACAUGUUGUCAUGUUGACCUCUGAUAAUUCUAUAAGGUUCUAUGAUUUAAAGCAGCCACAGACUCCAGUAAAGACAUUCAGCCUUACUCAGUGUGAAGAGGAAAAUAUUCUACCAGCAUCACGAUCAUAUACAGCGUCACUUGGGGAAAUUGCAGUUGCUUUUGAUUUUGGUCCUUUGACAUCCGCUCCUGGGCGUCGUUCCAAAGAAGAGGUUCAGGUGUAUCCACUUUACAUUCUGUAUGAAAAUGGCGAGACCUUCUUGAUAUAUUGCAACCUCACUCACAACAGCGCUGGUCUUAUUGGGAAGUUAUUGGGUCCUCUGCCAAUGCACCCAGCUGCUGAGGAUAAUUACGGCUAUGAUGCUUGUGCCAUACUGUGCCUUCCCUGUACCCCCAACAUUCUGGUUAUUGCUACACAAUCCGGCAUGUUAUACCACUGUGUGGUUCUUGAGGGGGAUGAAGAGGAGGAUCAGGUGUCCAAUGAAUCUUGGGACCUGAGAUGCGAAUCUCUUCCUUCACUGUACGUGUUUGAAUGCGUGGAAUUAGAAUUGAGCUUGAAGCUGGUAACAGGGGAUGAUAUUGAGCAAAUGCAAUCUGACUUCUCAUGUCCAAUCAGAUUGCAUAAAGAUCCAUUGUGUCCAACACGGUAUCAUUGCACACAUCUAGCUGGUGUGCAUAGCAUUGGGCUGACAUGGGUCAACGAACUGGAAAAUUUCUUCAGCGCAGAUGAUGAAGAUAAAAGCGCACUUCAGGAGUUGGUAGCAGAGCAGAAAUGCUUAGUAGAACAUGUCCUGUGCACCAAACCACUGCCAUGCAGUCCACCUGCACCAGUCAAAGGAUUCUGGAUCAUUUCAGAUCUGUCCCUAGGAGCCGCAAUGAUUUGUAUUACUGAUUCUUUUGAAUGUAUUAUUAGAGAAUUGCUGACCACUACAAGGCCAGUGUCACCGCCAUUAUUGUGUUCCAACCCAGAAAACAGCUGCGUGGCAUCUCCACUGCGAAACUUAGCAAGCAGUUCCUUUGAGCAACACAUUAGAAACAUUUUGCGUCGUAGUACAACUAAUCCAUUGCUACUGAGGUCAUCAGAUGCGAUAGGAGCUCCUCCGCCACAGGAAUGUCUGCAGCUGUUGAGUCGAGCCACCCAGGUCUUCAGAGAAGAGUACAUCCUUAAACAGGCUCUUGCACGUGAAGAGAUCACACGCAGGGUAAAGCUACUGGAAAGCCAGAAGAAGAAGCAAAUGCAGGAUAUUGUGCACUGUAUUGGGGACAAGAAGGCCAUGCGGGAAAUGGCAGAGAUACUUGCUGACAAGUUUGAAGAUGCAAGAGACAACCAGGAGGACAUCAUGAUUAGAGUGAAGAGAAUCUUGCACAGUUUGAAUUCAAAGCUUCCUGUGCUGUCGGAUAGCGAGAAAGACAUGAAGAAAGAACUUAAAAGUAUCAGUGAGCAACUCGAGGACCUGGGAAACGGUGUCAAGCAGGUGCAUAUGAAGAGUGCAUACCAGCAGAGGGAAAUACACGAGCAAGAUAGUCCGCGGAAAAAGAGCAUCUCACUCAGUGUGUCCCAGAAAAAGUGCAUUCAAUCUGUGUUAAAGGAGCAGAGUGAACGUAUUACUGAAAUGGUGAGGAAAAUUAAUGACAUCAGAACUCAUGUGAACUUUUAGUCCUGAGCUUGUCUAUCUACACAAUGAUGGAAAGCACGAAGUUUGAAAAUUCCGUGGAAGACAACCCCAAUUCCUCUGAAACAAGAUUAAGGAAAACAAAAAUGACAGCAUUUCAGCCAUUGCUGGUCCUGCUCAAAUUCCAGUUUCAAUGCGUUUUGUACGGAAUUCAUUCUGGGUGGGAUUUCACAAGGUUUUAUUUUCAGUCGGCAUAAAGACCCAAAUUGGUGUAACCUUGCAUCUCAGAUCUUUUUAUAUACAGUUCUUCAGUCCAAAGGAAUCAUUGAUAGAGACACCAGUGCUCCACCAAGAAUUAGCAGAAGAUUUCCAAUCAAUCUCCAAUCAUACAAACUGGUUCUUAUGUUUUAUAAACUCCAAAUUACUAAUUACCUACCUCUUGCUGGACUAAUUGGCUCCAGUGGAUGGGUUAUUUUGUUCUUCUGAUUUCUGUCUUGUGCCCUGUACAGUUUCACCUUUUGCCGGAAAUGCAAUUCUUUCUGUACAAGUCUAGCAUCGUGGUCAAACACCCUGCCAAAUUAUAGCCUGAUUCUAGAAUUGUGUUUCACUCAAAGCAGCAAAAUAUUUGCUUUAUUUGUUCAUUUGGUCAUUGCUUUGACCAGGGGAAAAAUGCCCCUCUCUGUCUUAGGAUCCUGUACUGUACAUUAUGUCUACCACAGGGUAGAUGAACCUCCAUCCCUACAGCUGGUUCUGUUCAAAAUCAUACCUCUGGUAUGACCAUAACUAUAGGCACAUGUAUUUCAUGCUUAUGCUGCUGAUUUUUCAGCUUUUAAAAUCAAUAUUUCUGGGAUUUUUUUUAAUGCAUAGGGGAAAUGUGCAUACCUUUCACCAGAUGUUCUAUCACAUUUUGCAGUGUUUUUGUUGGACCAGUUUGGAAGGCCCUGCCCAAUAUUACAUUAUCCCUUGACAAUGCUUGCACUUUCAGUCUGCACACUUAUUUUACUGUUUAGGAGAAAGUGUCCAAUUACAUCUCCUGAUCUCAACACUUGGGGGCAGUGUUGCUGCAGCCACCUGGCUUUACCUCCCUUGGCCAGCUCAGUGAAGAAACCAGCCUCACGUUUACUCUGGCCCUCUGACCAAUGGCUCCCACUGAAAAGUCAGUGCAAACCCAGUGACUGUGGGAUCAGAAUUUGGUCUGUAUCCAUCAUUCCCCACAAAAAAUGGUCACUUGGGUGAAAUGACGGAUAGGGGAGGUGGAAAGAGAGAAAACAGUUCGCACAGAAACUUUAUUUGGUAGGAGACGACAGUAAUUUUGACAGGAGGGAUGACAACUCCAAACAUUUUAAAAUGUUUGGAAUAUUUUGGAAGCUCUUGUAAAUGAAUCUGACAAGUUUUGUACUCAUAUCUAGUUUAUUUUUGCAGCUUAACUGUUGGUUUAUGAAAAGCAAAUGCUCUGUUUGGAGGUGUGAUGGCUACUGUAAUUCUUUCAUCCCAAGCCUGUAAAUGCAAAGGAGGAGGGAGUAAUUUUAACUUAAUGCAUCAAAUGCGAAUAGAGUUAAUUAGUGCUUUAUAUCCUGCCCAAUUUUACUCGCCAUUGGUCAGUUUUCCAUUUGAUUGCUUAUAUUAAAAUUACCCCAAAUAUUUUUUGAUAAAAUAAUCUUUAAACAUUUUCACCCAGAUCUUACAGCCAUUCUUCAAGAUCCUUUUUGUAAAAUGAAGUACCUUGAUAUGCAAUUUUGUGUACUUUAUACAUCUGUGUGAAUAAAUGCUUUUGUAUGGUU